UUCAGUUGGUGAAAUGGAGAUACAGAGAAGUUCAAAACCCCAUCCACGCCUCCUUUCUGUGCAAAUCUCACAAUUCGAAACUCCCGCCAUAAAACGGGCGAAUCCAAAAGAAGCUCAGAGUUUACGCAAACUCUGAAGUGGUGCCUUAUUUGGCUCUGGCCUGUACAUUUGUCACGCCCCAAAAUUUACAUACAGACCAGCCCACUGGUUCGCUGGCCCAAGAACAUGAAUGGAGGUCGUGAAGAUGUCAGACACUAGUUUAGCUAGCCUACUGUUGGGUUUACUUCUACAAGAAUUACAAAGCAGGCAGUUUCUCUAUCGAAAAUGAGCCAGAGAGGUAAAUGCAGUGUUCCAGGCUGCACGGAGAAAGGGGAAGUUUGUCACAGUCUUCCCAAGGAUCCGAGGACUCGGCAGGCAUGGAUAAUGUUUGUCUAUCAGAAGAUCCCUGCAAAGUUCGACGCUCAGCUGUUCAUUUGCUCUAAACAUUUUCCCUUAGACAGCUUUCAAAAUCUUGGACAGUUUAAAGCAGGAUUUGCCAAACUUCUUUUACUGAAACGAGGGGCUGUUCCGACCGUAAGGUCAUCACAACCGCAAGCUAGCACAUCACAAGAACAACAAGAACAACCACGAACAAAAGUUGCAGCAUGCCAAACAGAUCCUCUUUGUGUGGCAUCUCGCGGGACGCAGCUUUCUUUUACUACAUUGAGACCUCACCAACGAAGCAAAGGCAUACAGGCAACGCCGCAAUGCCAAAGUGUGGCAGUAGGCACAACGGCUCCUUCAGUCUCUGGGCCAUUCUCUUCAACUCCUUUGAAGGGUCAGAGGCCAGCAAAGAGACCUCGCCUUGAAUUUGAGGAGGAGGUGGAAGAUGUUUCCUCUGCAUGCACUGAUCCUCAAGAUUCCACAUACAAUCCUGCACAGUCUGCUACAAUGGAGAUAGAAUCAUCUCAGCUUUUUACAUCACCAGUGACUUCAUAUGGCGAUGCAAAAUACAUUGUUUUUGAUCAAUGCCUCUUCAGCCUGUUCGAGAUCUGCCCUGUGUGCACAAGAACCUGUACAUUCCUGCCACGCAGAAGAGGGUCCUUCCUAGCGAUCGACCAACUAUGCCCUCACUGCAAGUUCUUCCGACAGUGGAAGAGUCAGCCAGUUAUUGGGAGCACCCCUGUGGGCAACCUUCAGCUGUCUGCUGCCAUUUACUUUUGUGGAGCUUCAUUUUCAAAGAUGAAAAAGAUAUUUGAUGCAAUGCAGCUGAGAACACACACGUAUGAUGCCUUCAGAAGACAUUGUGUACAGAAAUGGGUUUUGUUUAGUGAAAGUGUGAGAUCAGGCCUAAUUGCCAGCCAUCAAAAUGCAAAUCAUUACAGUUUUAGGCUGCUCUAACUGAAAGGCACUUGUAACAACACCGGUUAGAGUACAGCUUUGGCACAGCCUACAGGUUUAGCCAAUGCUUUUGCUGUGAGUUAAUAGUAGUAUUUUGCUUGGUGUGUGCUUACAAAAGUGACAAGUGACAAUUGUUACAACAUUUCUGCUGUUUCAUUUAGGUUGUA